AUGCACAGCCGUAACGACCUGGUCCGCUAUGCACUGCAAACACUCUCGCACGAGGCCCGGGAGCACUUUGCUCGCUAUGCUGAUGCGCUCUCCGCGCGGUUGGAAGGUAAUGUCAGCAUUACUUUUCCUCCACCGCCGCUGAAGCACUAUCGACGGCAUGGCCCCGCGGAAGAGUUGGCCCUGCAGUACUUACAGCAAGGAUCAGGAUCUUUUUGGACCGCCAUGAGAGAAAUCAUUUCCCUCUUGGAGUUCGAGGCGGACCCGCGGCCACAUGCCCAUGGACUAACACUCAUGCUGGGCGCCUACAACAAGGGUGGACUACUCGGCCUGAACCGGGCCACUACGUCACACCAGGCAACGACCUUGCUGCUAAACACGGCCAUGAUCAAAGUGGCAAGCCAACUCCAGUGGACCAGCUUGGCAAUCAAUGUGAACAAUUUGACCGAGCCACACGUUGAUAAAUGCAACGGUGAUCUAUCGAGCCUGCUUUUGGGGGUGUCACACCACACCUCUGGUGGUCUGUGGACUGCCGCAGCAGAUGGCCACCACUACGUGGAGGUGGAUGGCCAGAUGAUGGCGGGAACCGAGUACCCUACCAGCGCCUCGGCCGUCAUGUUUCCGGGGCGCACAGUCUGCCGGCAAGGUGGUGAUAGAGUCACCAUAGUGGCAUACACCAUCAGGCGACCAGAAUGCCUCUUGCGAGGAACCGUGGAAUACCUGGAAGGCCUGGGCUUUGUGGUUCCAACCGACCGCUCCACGAGUGGCUACCAGGGGGCACCUCUUCUUUUCACGGGGUACAUAUUAUACGCUGGUCCCAUGGCACAGCCGGCGAAUGACCCGCCGCCGCUCCCGCGGUUCAUAGCCAACGGGCAUCAGCAUUGCUGUAAGCCCUGCCGCCAAACCGCAAAUGGCAACCACUUGCCUCACGAUGGGAUGUGGCAGGUACUCCGGCUACGGCCACGCCACAUGCUGCUCGGGCUGCAGAGGAUCGAACGGCAUGAUCCACACAGUCCGGUGCAACCGACGCCACGCUACGCGGCACAUGCCAGCUACCGCAUCGUCUGUGCAGCGCCCACUAUGCCCACGACGUCUUCGACCUCAGCUGCUCCCGAGCAACGUGCGAAUGGCGCCCAGACUGGUGGACCAGGCGGCGGCAGCGGUGCAGGCACAUCCACUACUGAGGAGAGCAUCUCGAACGAGAUGGAUUGA